GGGGUACAUCACUGAAAAAUGGUUGAGAACCACUGGACUAGAGCAACGGCCAAUCCAAUCAGAAUAGCCAGACACAUGGCCUUCCACUUCUGCCAAGGAUCCCAUGACCCAAGUCCAUUGGAAGCACAGCAAAAACAACCAACCUGUUCAGAUAUAAAAGGACCUGUCUUGUGCGCCAUGGUCUAUAACCCUGUGUGCGGGAGUGAUGGCGUCACACACGGCAACGAGUGUAUGCUCUGUGGGAAAAGAAAAAGUACAAAUCAGAACAUUUGGAUUGUCAAGGAUGGACCAUGCUGACCUGGGCAUGUUAACAGUGAAAAUCAUCAAAUAAAGCAUUCUGACAUAA